AUGAGAUCUCUCGCCAUCCUUUCUGUCUUGUCAUGGGUACUGGCAGUGACUGUGGCGGCAAGGUCCGUCGCCUGUCAUGACCUGGGCUUCAACCACACCCGACACUACACCCGCAUCGGUCGCAACACGUACCACUACCUCUUGUCGAAGCCCAAGGGCCCGCCGCUCGGCACCAUUGUUCUGCUGCACGGCUUUCCCGACCUGUCGUACGGGUGGCGCUACCAGAUCCCCUCCCUCACGGCGGCCGGCUACCAGGUCGUCGCCCCCGACAUGCUGGGCUACGGCCGCUCGAGCGCGCCGACCAACCUCGCCCGCUUCACGCUCAAGAACAUGUCCGACGACCUGGCUGCCCUCGUGAGGAGCAUUGUCGGACGCCACGAGCAGGUCAUCCUCGGCGGCCACGACUGGGGCGGCGCCCUCGUCUACCGCGCCGCCCUCUGGCACCCGACCUCUACAGGGGCAUCUUCAGCGUGCGACGCCGUACUUCCCGCCGACAGCAACUACGUCGACUCGCGACAGAUCGCGCCGGCAUCACCGCCCAGCUUUGGCUUCCAGCGCAGUUCCGCGACGCGCCCUUGGCGCCAAAGUGCGCGGCACCAACAAGAUCCGACAGCCCCGCUCGCGCUGUACGGCGGCAGGGCGCCCGAGGGCGCCUUCGGCUUCGACGGCCGCACAGGUCUGAACUUCAGCAACCUGGACCGUCUGGGCGCGUCGCCGCUCGUCAAGGCGGCGGGCCUCGAGUACUACGUCGCCGAGUACGCCAGGAACACGAUGCGCGGGCCCCUGAGCUGGUUCCGCACGGCCGAGGCCAACUUCAAAGGACGAAGCUGGCCCCUGCUCAGGCGGGGCGACGACGCUGGCCUCAACUUCACCAUGCCGGGCUUGUACAUUGGCGCGACCAUGGACACGGCGCUGCGGCCUUCCAUGUCGGCGGGCAUGGAGAGGUACUUCCCCGAGGGGCUGGCCAGGGGCGAGGUCGUCUCGUCUCACUGGGCUCUCUGGCAAGCUGCGGCGGGCGUCAACAAGAUUGUGGGCGAGUGGAUCGCGCAGCUGGCGUAG